AGUCUGAAGGAGAAUGUGGCAUACUUGGAGAAGCUGGAAUCAUCUGAAAGCAAGAAAUGUGAAAAGGUUGCAGAGGAAGUAUCAAAAAAUCUUGCGUCGUUGAAAGAGGUGCUGUGUGGCACUGGAGACAAGGAGCCUCAGACUGAGGCAGUGGCUCAACUGGCUCAGGAGCUCUACAACACCAACCUCCUCAUUUCCCUCAUAGCAAACCUACAGAGGAUUGAUUUCGAGGGAAAGAAGGAU